UCACAGUCGUUGUGCUUGAAUUGAAAGUAUAGUACGAGUCUACUAUAAGUCAGAUGAAUAAUGGAAUAAAUUUUUACAUGUAACGUUUCUCAACGUCACGUUUCAUUAUAUUUAAUGUAAAAACUGUACCAAUUAAACAAUUUGGAAGAUGACCAGCGUGGAUUGGGAAGAAGUUAAGAGGCUUGCCGCCGAUUUCCAGAAAGCACAGCUCACCUCAACUUUACAAAAACUUUCUGAGCGAAACUGCAUAGAGAUUAUAACAACUUUGAUAGAAAACAAGCUUUUGGAUGUUAUAUUUACCAAUGAUGGCAAAGAAUAUGUAACUCCUGAGUAUCUUGGGAAGGAAAUCAAAGAUGAGCUGUAUGUUCAUGGCGGAAAAGUUAGUUUAGUCGACCUGGCGCAAAUUCUUAAUGUAAAUUUGUCACACAUAACUAAAAUAGUAGCAGAUAUCGAAAAGCACGAUAGAGGACUGAAAGUUGUAUUGGGGCAACUCAUUGAUAAGAGUUAUAUAAAUAAAAUUGCAGAAGAAAUAAACGACAAACUUGUACAGCAUGGUUCUCUCAAUGUAGCAGAGUUGACACUUACUUAUGAUUUACCAUCAGAUUUCUUGCAAUCGGUUAUUGAGAAAGAACUUGGAAAGAUAAUACAUGCCACACAAGAUUCUCAAGAUCCUAAACUCUUUUAUACUGAAAGCUUCAUUACUAGAAAUAAAACAAAGAUUAGAGGCGCCUUGUCUGCUAUUACAAAACCUACGCCAUUAUCCGCAAUAUUAGGACAGUGUGGCGUCCCAGAAAGGAUAUUUUUCUCAAUCCUGGAUAGCUUGCAAGAAGUAAAACAAGUACCUGGUGUUGUAACUGGAAAACAGGGUGGAAAUAGCAUUUAUAUACCUACUAUAUAUUCUAAAAGUCAGAACGAGUGGGUUGAAAACUUUUACAAGCAGAACGGAUAUUUAGAAUAUGAUGCGCUCACAAGACUCGGGAUAUCAGAUCCAUCAGGUUUCGUGAAACGUCAUUUUCCAAAAGAGAACAUGAUCUUCCUAAAAUCAGUUGCUGUGGGAACAGUGGUAAUGGAUCAGGUCGAUGCCAACAUCGAAGAGAUCAUCGCAACCGGUUCCUUCGUCGAUAUUUACCCUCUUUUACCAUCUGUAUUUAGCGACGAGGACGCGGAAAUUCUCCUCAAGUUAGCUACAAAGAAAACGAAGGCUAAUGUUCAUAUAUACGCAAAGACAAUUGCGGUAUCUGAUGCAUUCUUACAAGACUUAACUAAGUCCUUGGAAACGGUAGCGGAACAAAAGGCUCGCGAAAUGGUAGCUAGCGGAAAAUGGAUUCAAUCUAUUGCUGAAAAUAGGGUAAAAUCCAAGUCGGCGGAUCCAGUGACAGAGAGUAAAGGGAGUAGUAGAAAAGAGGAACGACGGAAAAAGGCAGCUAUUGGCAAAGCGGGUGGCGGUAGCCAAGGUAGGGAAACUAAGACGAAGUCGACGAAGAAGAAAUAUCUUCAAGGAAAAAUGCAGGACAAUGAAUCUGAUGAAGACGAGACGAGACAGACCACAGUCGGAAAAGAUGAGAUUACCCUAAUAUCCGUGCAGGAUGUGAGAGCGGAAAUUAUAAAGGAUGAGAACAUAUCCGCGAUCGAAGAAUUCGUAGACGAAUUGGCGCAUCAAUUGCAACAGAAACUGAACAAGACUGCGUUAUCAUUAGCAGAGCAGUUGGCGCAACAAGACAACAGAACUACAAAUCUGAGUGAAAUCAGCGAGCGCCUGAAUGUUCUGAUAACGAAUAUUCGAAUAUUUAACAAAGGCAUCAAGCAUUUAAACGAGACGGAUCAAGGUCUGCUAGCUAAAUAUCUGUUGAAGUCUCUAGGCAUUGAUUUUGUAACAAGUGUAUUCAAAUUAGCCGCUCAACAGAAUAUGCUGCAAGUAGCAGAAAAUCUUACCACAGAGACGAGGCAAAAAUUAUUGCUUGAAUUACCUGCAGAUGUGAAGGAACCGCUAAGCGCUGUCCAUAAAACGGUGAUGUCGCAUUCGGUGGAGGAUUUUCUGAACACUGUCGACGGAGCGAUGGCAGCUUGUUCUUUGGUUCUGAAGAAGUAUGAUAAGAAGAAGGAACGGCCGCAGGUGCACGCUCAUACGGAAGCUUUGUUGGAGAAGUUGAACGCAACGCAAGAUCCCGCGUUGGCAUUGCAUCUGGCCACAAGCGUGCUUUUCACUGGUGUCACGCAAAACGCCUUGUACAUGUCCGGCAAACACGUAGCAAAUGUUCUUGCCUUCCUAGAAAAGCAGUUAGAACCUGAUACAAUGACAACUCUUUUUAGAUACUAUGAUUUAGUAGUUCGUUUACUAGGAUCUCGUAAUACGGAUAAUCAAGAAGAGGUUUCCAACCGCUUGGAUCAGGAAGAAGUUUCCAAGCGCUUGGAAGAAGGAUUGAUGGAUAUAAAAAGCAUUGCCAAUAAUUUCAAGCAACACAUGAGAACGGACAAGUCUUGAGAGGGAUUACGCAAUAGAAUUAAAUAAUAACAUCACAUUAUAACAUAAAUAAUGUAAAAUAGCUUCAUGUUAUAUAGGUAUUUGUUAUA